GACAAAUUUUACCAAAAAUUACAAGUUUUAAUGAUUUGGCUACAUUAUGUACAGUAGAAAUCAACACUCAAAAUAAUCAAACAUUUGGCACUCCAGAUUCUGUAGCUUUAAUAUCUAAAGUUGAAAGUGUGGAUUCAUAUAGUUCAGCUGAAAGUAACUGUUCCAAAAAAAUUAGAAUUAAAGACUCAGGACAAAAACUGAAAGUAAAUGAAAAGGCGUCUACAGAACAAAUAAUUAAUACAAUUUACACAUGUAAACACUGCACAUGUAACUUUGAAAACAAAAAAUUGCUACAGGAGCACCAAAACCAACAUUAUGCAAGAAAUGUCUUCAGGUGUGACUUUUGCUAUAGAGCUUUCAGGAGAAAAGCUUUCUUAAAUGAACACAUGAAAGUUCACAGGACUAAAGAGUCAUUCGUCUGUGACUUUUGUGGCAAAGAAUUUAGGGUUCGACACAUUUUGGAGGAACAUCGUAGAUCCCAUACAAAGGAAGUGCCAUAUGUUUGUGACGUAUGUGGCAAGAAGUUCAGCUUUCAAAGCACUUACUGGCUCCAUCGAAAGUGGCAUGACAACCCAUUCCCAUACAAGUGUGAUGAUUGCGGACGACUCUUCAGGCAUUCCUCUGUACUCGCUGUUCAUAGAAGAAAACAUUCAGGAGAGAGACCUUAUAAGUGUUCUUACUGUUCUUUUACAUUUACCGUCAGCAGUGCAUUAAAACGUCAUUUAAUUUUGCAUACCAAGGAAUAUCCUUUUAAUUGUGAUAUCUGCAACCGAGGGUACACAGCACGCUUUCGGUACAUGGAACACUUGUUUAAAGUACACAACAUCACAAUUGAAAAACCUUUGAAAACAGACUUCAAGAUGGUUGUCCGUGAUGUAGAAGACAAAAUAAAAGGAAAUGUAGUUACAAGAGAUGUAACUACAGAAAAAAUAGCUUCAGAAGAUAUAGCUCCAGAAAACUUAGCUGUAGAUAUUGUUACAGAUGUUGCUACAGAAUCGGUCAUUGAGGAGACGAUUGUGGAGAGCCUAGAUUAUUUUUAUGACCAAGAUAAUACUAUUGAAAUUUUUAGAAAAGUAGAUAAUGAAACUGUUGUUGAUGAUUUGUACAAUUUUCAGUCAAGUUUAUGAUUUAAUUGCAAUAUGAUGCAAUAUUUGUUACAAUACUUGAUAGCUUCAACCAUACUAAUAAUGUAUUACAACAUACAGAAUUUUUAAUAUAUAUUUAUUGACUUUAGCAUUAAAAUGGUAGUUGUCAUAAGUCAUAAUAUAUUUUACUGGCAUUAAAUUAUUAUUUUAACACCAA